AUGCGAGCUCUUCAACAAAAAUCCUCUCGAACUACAAAAACAUCUACAGUACAUGUUAAAACAAGUGGUCCUUCAAGACUUCUGAGAACCGUCAGACAUAAUCCUGUUCGUUCUACAGUAAUAAUUGUCAUGAGUAUGUUUAUUUUAUCUGCUGUUAUCGCAUGUAUUGUCAUAUUUACUGUCAAACGAAAUCCAGUAAAAACAUCCGUAGUAAAUCAUACAUUAACGAAUUAUACUACGACAACAAUGCAUAUAGUAACAUCAACAGCGAUAGAAACCACAGUUAGACCGACAAUAGUGAUACCUGUAAACUCAACUACAUCAACACUAGCCUCAACAAUAAUUACAAUAUCGAAUAGAACGACAAUGGUAACAACUAGUAACACGAGAACAUCAACGACACCAGUGCCAACAUCGAUGUUAACCACAAUAUCAACAGUAACCAUCGAAACAUUAGCAGCCACAACGAACACAACGGCAGUAUCGUCAACAACGGAAACCACUACACCACCGAAAGCAUCAAUAGUAGCAUCGGAAACAUCUGGAACAUUAGCAGCCACUACAGACACAGUCAUUAUAUCGACAACAUCAGUACCAACCACAUCUAUUAUAAAAACUACGUCAUCACCAGUAGCAAUAACGAUAUCGACAACACCGAUAACAGAUCCGAUGACAUUAUCAAUCACUACAGAGCUAGUAACAACAAUGAUAUCGUUAACUACAACUACUCGUUCUACUACAUCUUCACCGCCAAGACCUGGUGAUGGCAUUUGUGAAACAGCUACAUGGGAACGAGUAGGUCAAGUUGUGGCUGGUGGUAAUGGUGCAGGGUCGAAUCGUAACCAAUUGGAUCACCCUGCUGCCAUCAUUGUUGAUGAAAAUCAAACAAUUUAUGUCUCGGAUAAUGUUAAUAAUCGUAUUAUAAAAUGGAAUGCUGGUGAAUCGAGUGGACAAGUAGUUGCCGGUGGAAAUGGUAGAGGAGGGGCUCCUAAUCAAUUACAUGGUCCACGUGGUUUUGUUCUAAACCAAAAUGGAACACUUUACAUUGGUGAUGCUGAAAAUAAUCGUGUUCAACGUUGGUUUCGUGGUAAUUCAUCUGGAGAUACAAUUAUAAGUAAUAUUUAUGCCCACGGUAUGGCGCAAGAUGAUGAAGGAUCUCUUUAUAUAUCCGAUAGAGCGAAAGGUGAAGUGAUUAAGCUACCGAUAAAUGAGACUGUUGGACAAGUAAUUAUAUCCAAACUGAAUCGUCCAUAUCUAAUUUUCCUUGAUAGAAAUCAAUCUCUCUAUGUAACUGAUCGAGAUAAUCAUCAAGUGGUAAAAUUAGAGUUUGGAGCAACGCAAAUAUCCGUUGUUGCUGGUGAAUCUGGUGGUGGUGGUGGUGGUAUGAAUCAGCUGCAAGGGCCAGAAAGUGUAUUUGUCGAUGAAUUUGAAACUCUCUAUAUAGCUGAUAGUUAUAAUCAUCGAAUCAUACGAUGGUUACGUGGAGCCAAGUCCGGUAGUGUCAUUGCCGGUGGUCGUGGACAAGGUUCUAACUUAGAUCAAUUUAAUUUACCGACUGAUGUAUCAUUUGAUCUCGAUGGCAAUCUUUACGUGACUGAUCAUUAUAAUCAUCGUGUACUCAAAUUUCCCAUCGAUAAGAGUUCCUGUUGA